CCUUAGUCCAAAAGAAGCUUGUGAGCUGUGUUCAUGGAGGGACCACGUGUUUCAGCCUUUGCUGUUUUUCAUAAGGAGUCCCAGAGGCAGGAAGGUGUUGUGAAGAAGAGCAAACAUGCAAUUUCAAAGCCAUCGCAGAAACACAAACUGUUGAAGAAGAAAAGGAAACUUUUGUCAUCUGGACCUGAAACCAAUGCAAGCAGCUUACCUGCCCUCGAAAAUGUAAACGAGAUUGAAGAAGCGAAUGGAGAGGUGUAUAGUGUCAAUUCAAAGAAAGAAAAACAUUCUAACAAAAAAGUUAAAAAGCUUAAUACACCUGCAAAAAACAAAAUACUGAAUACUUCAGUGACCACGGAUGUUGAGAGCAGCAGCAAACAGCACGUUGGACCUCCACUUCUCAGUGUGUUACAAGAUCUCGGCAAGAUUCAGAACAGCAGAGACAGAGCAUCGACUCUCUUCGAGUGGCUGAUAUCUCCCAUUAAACCUGCAGACUUUUUCAGGGAUAUUUGGGAAAAAAAACCUGCUCUUAUUAAACGGCACAACAACAGCUAUUACAGUGGAUUAUUUUCCACAUCGGAAUUUGACCGGAUCCUUCGAGACGACAAUGUGCAGUUUGGUGUUAACCUGGAUGUCACCAGUUAUACUGAUGGAAAACGAGAAACCCAUAAUCCUCCUGGCCGAGCGCUGCCACUGGUUGUGUGGGACUAUUUUAGGAAUGGGUGUUCGCUGCGGUUGCUAAAUCCCCAGGCAUUUUCGCACACAGUGUGGAACUUCUUAUCAGUCCUGCAAGAGCUCUUUGGAAGCAUGGUUGGGAGCAACACCUACCUGACACCUGCAGGCACACAGGGAUUUGCCCCACAUUAUGACGAUAUUGAAGCAUUUGUGGUUCAGUUGGAAGGGAAGAAACACUGGAGAGUCUACAAGCCCAGACAAAAGUCAGAACAUCUCCCUCAGCUCUCAAGUGUUAAUUUCAGUGACGAACACAUUGGGGAUCCGAUCUUGGAAACGAUCCUUGAAGCUGGAGAUCUCUUGUAUUUCCCGCGAGGUUUUAUCCACCAGGGAGAUUGCCUUCCUGAUGCACACUCCCUACAUAUAACGGUUUCCUCGUUUCAGAAAAAUAGCUGGAUAAACCUGCUUGAAAAAGUGUUGCCAGCGGCCCUAAAAGUUGCUGGAGAGGAGGAUGUAGAGUUUCGUAAAGGACUUCCUCUUGACUACAUGGAUUAUAUGGGUGUACAGAACACUGAUUCGGAGGACCAACGCAGGAGCAUAUUUAUCUCGAAAGUUCACACAUUGAUGAGGAAAUUGGCAGAUUACGCACCAGUGGAUGCUGCUGUAGACCAGAAAGCCAAGGAAUUCCUGCAUGACUGCCUCCCUCCUGUACUGACACCAGGUGAAAAGUCUCACAGUGUGUAUGGAGCUCCAGUGACAUGGGAAGAUGGACGUGUCCAAGAUAAUGCUUUGCAGAUUGGCGAAGACACCAAAAUUAGGAUACUCCGUGGUGGCAUUGCGAGAUUAUGUAGUGAAGGAGACUCUUGUCUGCUGUAUUACUCAACAGACAACCCCAGAGUAUACCACCAGGAGGAGCCAAAGAGCAUUGAGAUAGACUUCGAGCACGUGGAUGCAGUAGAAUACCUUCUCCAUUCAUAUCCAAAGUACGUGGCUGUGCAAAACCUCCCCAGUGGGACUCUGGAUGAAAAGAUCACUGUGGCCACUAUUCUGUUUGAGAAAGGACUUCUGACUACCAAAGAGAGCUUGACUGUCACAAGAUGACCUGCAAGGAUAUCAUUGGUGAUUAAAUCCUGCUAAAACAGUUGUGCAAAAAAACAAUCUGGAGAAAUUGACAUUUUCUGAGAUGAAGCCAUGGGUUUUGGACAUUUAGUUUAAAUAACCAGAAGGAAAAUCAUCUACAAGGAAAACCCUUUCUGUCUGAUCUUGGUUUCCAAUUCCAUCGAAGAAUCAAUUUUAACGUUUUGUUUGCUGAAUUUCCAUUCUCCUUAAUGAAGAAAUUUAUAUUACAGAAACAUUGAGAGAUUUAUGCAUAAAUGUGACUUUUUUGGACAUCAAAAAUGUGUUGUGUACCGGUUUAAAUUUAUUACAUCCAUUAUGCUUGAUUACAUUUUCUUUAAAUGUAUUUACACAAUCUGAACAGAUUACUUGUAUCUGUUGUUUUUAUUGUUUUGAACAUUUGCAGCUCCAAGGUUUAAAUGUGUGGUUAACAGAUUACUCAAUAUAUA